AUGCCAAUUGUACAAAAGCAGAGCAAGAGAAAGGUAGAAUACACGAAUGUAAGCGAGAAACAAAGAAAAGACGAAAAGAUGCUUGAGAAUAACAAGGAAACAAUCUAUCGCAUUCUAGAACACGAAGAAGAGAAGCAAAGGCACGUAGAUGAACAAAUAAAGAAAGAAAGUAACCAAACAAAGCAGGAGAUGAUAAAUAUGACUGAAAAAAUGAGAGCACGUCAGACAAUUGAAUAUUAUAGGACUGUGCAUAAGUUAAAUGUGGAUUUCAUACAACUAAAUGUGCAAGAAACAGCCGAUCUAAUUGAAUUAUUGCACAGUGGUCACACAGAAAACAACAACAUACAAGAUCUACCUAUUCUACAGAAACAUUUUGCAAGCCUAAUCAAAUUGACGCCUAAGAAAUGUCACCUGAGUUCGAAUCUGGUUCACAGAAUACGAAAAUAUUUCAAAUAA